GACUGCUCGAUUGCAUAACAUUAUCGAUAUCGGCGCGCUAUUCGUUGUCCAUUCGAAAUGGCGACUUACUUGGAAAAAUCUGUAUUCCGUUCAAGAUUCGACCCAAAUCAGUGAUGGAUUUACUGAUAGAAUGUUAAAUUUGGAGUAUGUGCUCAUUUUAGGGAGCGUCGUAAUCAUUUCAUGCUUUAUGUGGCUAUCUUUCGCCAUGAAUUCCUCUCCAACCAUUCCGGAACCUCACCCAGCUGAUAAUGGCCGUAGUCCCAGUCGUAGAAAUCGACGUAGUCGCAAAGUGAAACAAACUCUCCCGGAUUCAAACUCAUCAGCUCCACAACAAAGACAAAGUGCUAGUGUGAGACACAGACGAUCUCGACUUGUUGACGACGAUGACACCGUCGACAUGCAUGUCGAUGACGGUCCCCUGCUUCCAGAGGAAAACAUGGAUAUUGAUGAUGUGCAAUGUUCUGGAAAUCAAAAUGCCAAAAGUCAGAAUCAGAAAGAGAAAAGGGAGAGCAAGAGAAGAAAGGAAAACAAUUUGGAGCCAGCGUUGGUGGCUAAUUUGAAAAAGGUAGCUUCUUCUCCAAGUCGAUCAAAAGACUUCAGUCAUCCCAUCUACAAAGAGAUGUCGCUUAGAAAUGGCAGUGUCAACAGGAUGUCCAAGAUUGAACUUCAAAACACUUUGCAGGAUCUUGGCCUUAAUAGAUUAGGCAGUGCCGAUGUCCUAAAACGUCGCCUUAAGGACCACUAUUCCAAAGAGUCCCUGAAGAUGGCUGGCCUGUCUUCCGAUGUACCCGUCCAGUUUGAUUAUCUCUGCGUGAUCGAUGUAGAAGCAACAUGCCAAGAGAUCAACCCUGUAGAUUACAUCCAUGAGAUCAUAGAGUUCCCUAUCGUUCUACUCAACACCAAGACAUUACAAAUCGAAGACACAUUUGAUGCAUUUUGUAAGCCUGUCAUCAAUCCUCAGCUUUCCAAGUUCUGUUCGCAACUCACAAACAUCUCACAGAAAAUGGUAGACAAAGCAGAUGAAUUUCCAACUGUUUUGGAGAAAGCCGAACGUUGGAUGAGACAGAAGGGCCUCGGCAGUAAACACUCAUUUGCAAUAGCCACAGACUGCUCUUUGGACAUGGACCUGUACCUGAAGCUCCAGUGUCUGGUCAGUGAGAUCUCCUACCCCCAGUAUGCCAAGGAGUGGGUCAACAUCAGCAAGGUCUUUGCCAACCUCUACAAGACUAAGCGACUACCCCUGCGCGCCAUGCUGGACAGCACUGGACUGGCCUUCAUAGGACAGCCUCAUAGAGGAAUAGAUGAUGCCAGGAACAUUGCCAGGGUAGCCUUGCAGCUGAUUGAGGACGGUGCGGAGAUGAAGUACAAUGAAAGGCUAACGCCGACGUAGCGAUGGAUGACGAAUGUGACUAGUCAGACUAGAACUGUUAUUCUGUCACAGAAAGCCGACACCACUACAGCUGUGAAUUUUCAAGGAGAUAAUUGCUAAGGGGACAGGAGUAGAUUGAGGAAAGAGCAACAAAAAGAGGAAUAAAUGGAACAAGGGACUAUAAUGUUGGAAGAGUAUGAUGAAAGAAGUGGUUGAUUCUUUGUGGAAGAGAGACAGAGCUGGAAGUUUUGAGCAGUAUACACUGUAGCCCAUCAAUUGGAACAUCAAUAAUAGUAUGUAGAUUGUUUGGAUAUUAAGUGGUUUUUUUUAAAUAAUUUUUAUUAUGACUUACAAUGUAUAACACAACUGAAAAAACUUUUGGUAUUAUUCAUUUCAUUUCUGUUAUUGACGUUCUUUUUUCAAGAAUCUCAUCACAUUUUGAAUUAAACAUUUGAGUCAAAGAGUGUUUACCCAUGAGAGAGAAACCGAGGGGGCGAGUUGAAAA